UUCAAAUACUGAUAGAUUUGCUACUGAGACUGAGUAGAACGAUCUGCACCGAUUCACAUCAUGAUGUUUUACGUUUAUCUGGCUCUUCUUGUCAUCGGUUACGCAAAUGCUGAUGACAUGCGCUCUUGCAUAACAGACGAUAAUUGCAAGGAAGGCGAAUGCUGUAUAUCCAUGGCAUUCCUUAGAGGAUUUUGCCAUGAUCUUGGUAGUGAAGGAGAUCACUGCAUAAUGGAACCUGCGAAAACCGAAUACGGAAACAAGAAUCUUUUUGGAUGUCCUUGCAAAGAAGGUUUAAAAUGCGUUCCUGAAAUCGUCGAAAAAGAAGGAGAAAAAACUGUGAUGAAGAAUUUAUCUUGUAAAAAUACAGAAUAGAAUGAAAGGAUUCUGGAAUUUUUAUAAAAUGUCAGUUGAUAAUUUUUGCAUUAAAAUUUUCAAAAACAGAUUUGAAAAAAGAAGUUUACCCUUAUUUCACAAUGUAAGUA